AUGAACAUACACCGCGAAGAGGCUGGCGAAGAGUCUGCGCCGUAUUUAUGCCUUCGCCAGCUUUCAAAGGACGUCAAUAUACGCCUCUCUGAGCCUUUGACCGGUGAUGGUAGUAGCUCAGCAUCCGUGCCUACCAACAUGUUUUGUGUUGCUUCUUCUCAGCGUCUUGCAGCCGCUUCUACUCGCAAUGGUAUCAACAUAUACGAUUUACAUGUUUUGCGAAAUACAUUUACUCAAGCAGAGCGCAAUGCGUCCCCAUCUCCGCCUGUCCUUUGCACACUCCCUCUACAGCCUGGCACGGGCGACGUGCUCUUUGUUAUGUUUGGUAAUUCCGACUCUUUGCUCCUUGCCGCUACGAGUCAUGGCCUUAUUUUGAUUUGGGAAACCAUGUCUUUACGAUCAUCUCCGCCAGCUCCACGGACCGUUGCACCGCCUCGUCAUGAUGCUUCUCGUGUUCAUAUGAUAGCCCCCAACCCCGGUGAUAAGAGCAGUUUGUGUGCCGUUGUCUACGGUAUGGACCUUUUGUCGCAUGAAAAUGGGAGUGCACAUAUGCUCGACUUGUUAAAAGGUGAAUGGGUGAAUAUAUUGCCGGCACAUAAUGUGACGUCGGUGAGCUGGUCUGCUCGAGGCAAGCAGCUUGUGCUUGGAGUUAAAACAGGUGAGAUAAUUCAAUUUACGCCAGAGGGCGAUGUCAAGGCUGUGUUACCGCCACCAGAGAGCGAUCGACCUCUGUACGUCGAAGACGUCCAAUGGCUUGAGAACCAUGUCUUCUUGGUCACUUACAAUACCUGUUCAUCCACACCCGAGCCGGAACCCAUCCAUGAGAACGAAGUUUAUGUGCUAUAUCGGGAUGCCAAAUCCAAUUCACUCACGUUUGCAGCAUUUCCUUACGACGUGUCCCCGCCUUUCGGCGAUAGGACUCGAUGGGGAUAUCGCUACACUUGCAUGCUUCGCGACUGGUCACCUAUGAAACAUUUCGUAUUCAUGACAUGCUCAGCGAGUACGGAUGUGGGCGUUUUAGGUUUUAAAGAUGGAUGGAAAGCACUGGUUCUUGAAGAAACGUCGCGCCCUGUAUUGCCUUUCUUAUCUGGAGAUGACUUUUGUGAUUCGUCGCCCAUGGCGCUCGCCCUUGAUUUAACGGCUGAGGACCCAGUCCCAGAUCCGAAUGCGGCUGAAAAGGGUGAAGAUCCCUCGGCAACAUUACCAGCGACUCCGAUUUUAUAUAUUUAUACUAACGAUGGCGUCCUUCUUGGAUACCAUGUGAUCUACACAGAAACCGACAAACCUUAUCCCGGUAUGAUCACUGGACAAGGCGCUAUUUCUCAUUCCCCCAAUGCUUCGACAAAUGUAUCUGCAUCCAUACCGCCAGCUUUUGCUGAGUCUGUUCAUGGCAGUACAACCCCGAACAGAACGCCAACUUUCGGAUCAACGUCAGCUUUCGGUGCUGUGUCACAACCCGCCUUUGGCUCAACAUCAGCAUUUGGGCAACAAAGCUCAUUUGGUUCAGCUUUUUCUAAUGGCAGUCCGUUUAGCAAGUUUAGCGCAAGCGGCGCUACUGCAUUUGGUGGCGGAAAUGCUCUCGGGCAAAAGCAAAUGCCUGCAUCCGGUCAGUCAACACAGCCUCCAUCUGGGCCGGCACCAGGUCAAUCCUCAGAACCUGCAUUCGGAUCCACUUCUGCAUUCGGACAGUUACAGAAACCGACAUUUGGAGCGGCUUCGACAUUUGCUCGCGCACAGAAGCCAAUAACUGGUUCGAAUUCGGCGUUUGGGCAGUUUAGCCAGCAGGGUACAGCCUCAGGACUUGGCCCAACGGCAUUCAGUGCACUAUCAAAUAAGCAAAAUGCAUUUGGAUCUGUCUCCUCACAAGGUUCUGUAUUUGGUUCAGGUGGAAGUUUCGACACUGGCAAGCCUGCCUUUGCAUCUGUCACACCAGCGCCAAAAGCUCUGCCCAAGAGUGAGGAGCCUGUCGAUGAGGACGCACCAAAGGACUCGACAUUCUCGUUUGGUGGUUUGAGCGACAUGCUGUCCAAAUCGAACACGCCAAUGAGCUCCCAACCGUCGGCGAAUCUAAACCUCUCUCACCAAGCGAAAUUUCCGUCUGAAAUAAGCCAAAACUCUGAACCUUCAAAAGCUACACCAAGUGUCUUAUCAGAGUCCUCAAGCAAAGCGUCGCAGAAUGAUUCAGACAAUCUUGAAAAAGCUGAAAGUCAGAAUUUUGAAAACUUGGAGUCUGCCAUUGUUGACGCGAAGCAAGAUGAAGCUCAUGAAGGAAAUUUUGCCUCUCUUCACGAUACCCCUACCGUACAAAAGUCUGAGCAAGCAGACAAAGUCACCUUCGAUCUAUUUAAAGGCAAGCAAGAAAAUCAAACAUCUUCGUUCAAUGAAUCAGGCGAAGGAAUCAAAGAAACAGAAAUCUCGCCCAUUAAGGCGGCAGGUAAUAACCUCGACGCAAGUCUGUCCACUCUUGCAAAGCCAUCUGAAGAGAAACCUAAAGAACCAGCUUUCUCUAUCGCGAAACCAUCUGACGAGAAGCCAAAGGAGUCGACUUCCUUUUUUGCACAACCAACAGAAAAGCCUAAAGAGUCAGCGUUCUCUUUCAGUAAACCAUUUGAAGAGAAGCCAAAGGAGUCGGCGUUCUCUUUCGCAAAGCCGACAGCAGAGAAGCCGAAAGAGUCAGCUUUCACUUUCAAUAAACCAUCUGAAGAGAAGGCUAAACAGACAGCUUUCUCUUUCAAUAAGCCAUUUGAAGAGAAGCCAAAGGAGUCGGCGUUCUCUUUCAAUAAACCUUCUGAAGAGAAGCCAAAAGUGCCAGCUUUCUCUUUUGCAAAACCACCUGAAGAGAAGCCAAAAGAGUCAGCUUUCUCUUUUGCAAAAUUAUCUGAAGAGAAAGCGAAGGAACCGGCGUUUUCCUUCGCAAAGCCGACAGCGGAGAAUCUAAAGGAGUCGGCUUUCUCUUUCGCAAAGCCAGUUGAAGAGAAACCAAAAGAGUCGGCGUUCUUUUUCAAUAAGCCAUCUGACGAGAAGCCAAAGGAACCGGCUUUCUCUUUCAAUAAGCCGUCUGAGGAGAAGCCAAAAGUGCCGGCGUUCUCUUUCAAUAAGCCAUUUGAAGAGAAGCCAAAGGAGGCGGCGUUUUCUUUCAAUAAGCCGUCUGAGGAGAAGCCUAAAGAGUCAGCUUUCUCUUUCAAUAAGCCGUCUGAGGAGAAGCCUAAAGAGUCAGCUUUCUCUUUUACAAAACCGUCUGACGAGAAACCAAAGGAACCGGCCUUCUCUUUCGCAAAGCCAGUUGAAGAGAAGCCGAAAGAGUCGGCUUUCUCUUUCAAUAAGCCGUCUGACGAGAAACCAAAAGAACCGGCCUUCUCUUUCGCAAAGCCAGUUGAAGAGAAACCAAAAGAGUCGGCUUUCUCUUUCGCAAAGCCACCUGAAGAGAAGCUAGAAAAGAAUAAAACCACGGGGAGUGAUACCGAAGUUUUCUCUCACAAAGCAUCACCUGAAAGACUAAUUGAAUCGCAAAAGCUGUCCAAGGGCAGUGAAUUCGGCACUAACCAUGCUGCUGAGCCGUCAUCCAAUGCGCUGGUGGAUAAUGAAUUGCCCGCUAUUGGUGUUUCCCUGGCUGAAUCUGUGCCUCAAAUUGACCUGACUCAAGUGGCUGAUCCCAAUGUUCCCAAGGAAGAUGAUGAACUGAAGCAAGAAUUUGUCAAAAUUUAUGCAAUAUUGGAGGAAGAGUUACGCACGCUUCGAAGGCAGACCAAACAAAGCACAGACUUUUUUACGCGGUUGAGAAUUCCUUCGACAUCACCCAAGAGUGUCGCUGAUCUAUCUAAUGCUGAUGCAUGGGUAUUUGGUGACGUACAAAGCCUCAGCUCUUUGACGAGUGAAUUCUUGCAAGCAGUAAUAGAGUCUGAAGACCAAGUGGCAGAGACACGAAAACAUAUUGCCAGUAUUGAAAGUGUUCAGCUCAAAAGUGAGGUAAAGCGAGAAGAGAUUGCGCGUUUUCUUCGUGCUAGACAGGACCCAGAUUUUGCUAAGAUGGUUCGCGUUCGACACUUGGGACCUGAGCAACUUGAAAAUCAGACGCGCCUUCGUCGCUCGUCGCAUCUUGUUCGUGAGCGACUGAGUGAACUGGGCGAGUACUUCAAUGGUCUACAAAAGUCCACUCUAAACGCCAAGCAAGGUCAAACUACAUUGCGUGCACCCACGCUCGAUACGAUUUAUCGAUCUGCUGACAAUAUUGGCCGCCUCGUAUCAGCGAGAAUUCGAGAACUAGACAAGAUGGGGCAGGAUGUUGAUGCUGCAGUACCGCGGUCCACUGUGCGUGCACGUACCCCCCAUUCGCCUGCACGGCCACUGGAUAACAUGGCUGAUUUGGACACUGCAUUGCCAGAAGUCAGUGAGAUUACCGGUAUUAACCAAGCUGGUAUGAUGCACGACAUCUGUGAUGCAAUAUGGGAAUCAAAAAAGACCCCUGUGGUGACGCGAGCAAGCCAAACCAAGUUCAUUUCUUCUGUUCCGUACCAAAUGUCGCCUAUUGUACUCCAUUGUUCGCAAGCGCCAACUUGUCAGAAAGUUCCUGUUCAGGAAUCUGAUAAAGGCAAACAAUCGGAGACGCUGGUUAUGACAGAGCCAUCCACGAAGAAUUUUCUGGCAACAGCAACGCCAAAUGGUAUUCAUGCACACAGCCCGAUGCAACCGAGGCAGAAGGUCACUUCAGCGUUUCAGCGUCUAUCUACUCUGCCCACUCUAACGUCUCACUCCAAUCCAACCAGUUCAGCUCAAUAUACAACAUUUGAAGGCCUCGUGGGACCACAGCCGACGGCAAGCUCGGAGACUCGCGACUUAACACUUGAAGAGUUUAUCGCGCAGGAUGAAGAGGACAAUGGUGACUAUACUGAAGAGGAGUCAUACGAAGAUUUUGACGACGACUUGGAAGAUGAGGAGGAGGAGGAAGAGGCUAACGAGUCGGACGCUUCAUAG